AGCUCUGUGAUCUCCAGCAGCGACCAUGCCGCUGUGUUCAGCAAUCCAAGAUGUCUGCGCCCUGAAGGAUGCUGCUAGCGGCGUGAAGGUACAGGACAAGUGACAGUGGAUGGAUUCUCAGUUGACUCGGAGGCAGAUUUGAGGAUUUCCACACAGAGCAGGAUGUCAAAGAUCUCUAAGGCGGCGAAGGCUGUGAAGAACGUAGAUGCCAGCAAUGUAAUCCGUGCUAUAGUGAGGUCAGGACAGGCAGCCCCUGGCCCUCCUCUUGGCCCCAUCCUGGGACAGAGAGGAAUCCCCAUUGGACAGUUCUGCAAGGACUUCAACGAGAAAACCAAAGAGCUGAAGGAGGGUAUCCCUCUACCCGUCAAGAUCCAUGUGAAGCCGGACAGAACCUACGACCUGAAGAUUGGACAGCCCACUGUGUCAUACUUCCUCAAACAGGCGGCGGGCAUCGCAAAAGGAGCCAGCAAGACGGGCCAUGAGACAGCUGGAAAGGUGUCUGUGCGGGCGGUGUAUGAGAUCGCUCAGGUGAAAGCUCAGGAUGACUGCUUCAAAAUGAGGAACACCUCGCUCGAGAACAUCGUUAGAAGCAUCAUUGGCUCGGCACGUUCACUGGGCAUUGAGAUUGUAAAUGACCUCCCAGCUGAUGAGUACAAAGUCUUCUUGGAGCAGAGGGAGGAAAAGUUGAAAGCUGAUGCAGCAGCAGCCGCUGCAGCUGAAGCUCUCACUGGAAAGAAGAAAUGACGACCUACAGUAUCUCUUAUUUAUCCUCCCAUUCCUGUAACUUUUAUAGACUCUGUACAUGGAACACAUUCAGACAGACUCUGGUAGUGUUGUGUUAAUGUUGUGUGUCUCUGGUCUGAAUAAACACUUAUUAGGUGA